AUGAUGAGAUGCAGGCUGCUACUGGAUCUCUUCCUCCAAUUGUCUCUUGAUGAAUUCAUGUCAUCCAUUGAUUCAGAAUCUCCAUCUGAGUCAGAUAUUUUGGAAGGACCUUUUGUUUCAGAUUAUAAUGAUGCAGAGGCGGUUAUAGUUCGUACGUCAGCCAAAGAAAAAGUAAAUACCGAUCUUGGUACAUCACCAGUUAACGCAGAGAGUGAUGAAUUAGUAUCCUUAAUGCCUCAUUCUGAUUUGAAAUCUGUUUCCAUACCUGGGGGAGAACGUCUAUGGGAAGGUGCACUCCAGUUGAGUGUUUCUUCUGUGAUCUUUGUCAUCGGCAUUCUGAAAAGUGGUGAAAAGACUACUACAAAAGAGUGGCCUAGGUUGCUUGAGAUCAAGGGUAGAGUCAGAUUAGAUGCAUUUGAGAAGUUUGUUCGAGAGCUCCCAAAUUAUUUGAGUCGUGCUGUAAUGGUAUUGUUUUCGGCUUGGAAUUUUCACAUUCAUUGCCUGAAAGCUGUCUACUUAGCUAAAGUAAUAGGACUUGCUUGUCCUACUUCAUAAACUCUUUCCCAGUAGCUGUCAUGUGUCCUUAUAUAUAAACCUUACUUUUAUAUUACAGGUUAUGUGUUUUUUUCUGCAAAGAAGAGUGCUCCAAGACAGAACAAGAAACCAUUUCUGAGUUAUGUCCUUGGUAGUUAACUAAAUUUCUGUGUAGGAGCGUGUUAUACCGAUUAACUUAUCCAGAAAAACUGAAUUCAUAUAAACAAAUCAAUAGUAGAAUAGGUUAUAUUUGGUUAAUGUUAUUCAUAGACUCAGACUGGUUUGAAGACCUAAUGUAACGACCCAAUUCUGCAGGUCCAGAAAAGCCCAAUCAAUUUGCAGGAAACCCUAGGUGAGUUCCUAUUUAAACAGAGCUAGCCUAUUAGUUUAUUCAGAAAAAGUCUAAGGCGUCGAACCUCUGCAGAUUUUGAGCCGUCAGAGAGAGAUAUUGGUGAACUGUCUCAACCACCGUCGACUGAGAUCAGUUCCGUCACGCCGCCGCCGUCUCACGCCCUAGGUAAUCCACGAACUGCCUUUUCCGAUUGGUUAAGUGUUGUCCGUUUAGUAAAUCGUUGAUAUCUCCCUAACCAUUGGGUUUCUCGCGAUUUCAAGGCCACCAGUGUGUUCGUGACGCCGAGACGAGUCCGGGGCAGGAGUUUCAUCCGGAGAGCCGCGACGCGCCCACACGCGCAAGAAGAAUAUUCGCGCCUGAAUCUCAUGCGCCACCGUCUCAGCCAGAGGUUCGCCGGAGCCACCGCCGCCAGCCACCGUCCGUUCGCCGCCGGUAAGCCCCCACCGCAUCACCGCCGCGCCUCCGCCGCCGCGGGUGAUUUUCCGGUAAACCACCACCGUUGCUGGCCGCCGCCGGCGACCGGUCUCCGGCGACACACCUCCGGCGACUCACCGGUCGACUCGCCGGUAACUCGGUGACUCGGCCGAGUCGACUCAGCGAGUCAAGCCGUUGACCAGUUAAGCCGGUUUGGUUUGGUUUGUUCAAUUGAUUUUCGGUUUGAUUGGUUAUUUGAAAUUGAUUUCCGGUUUGUAUUAAACCGAUUUGAAAUCGAUUUGAAUCUGGUCCAAUUGAAAUUGAACUCGGUUAAGGAAAACCGGGUGGUUCAAUUCGAUUUCAAUUUGGUUAAGGGUUGACCGGCUUGGGUCAGAGUUGACAGGGUUGACCUUUGACCAGCGGGAUGACUUUUUGACCAGAUCGCCGAUUAUUCGUUUUUUACCAGUGUAGAAUUCUCUCUAUCGUAGUUUAGAUUUCGAAUCAUGAUCCAUCUAUUUAAAUUGAGUCUGUUUGAGUCUUGAUUGUUAGUUAGUUCAUUCAUUGUAAACUGGAACUAGGGGUCUAGAGGAUUCAACCGUUGAUUUGAUUGUGUGAUGUUAAGAUAUGCGAUAUAUAUAUGUAUGUGUACAUAGUUAUGAGUAGGGACUAUGUGAGUGGGUGGGGGUCCAGAGAUGUCUGGACUAGCGACGCAGCGUAUGUAUAUAUAUAUCCGUAUGAGGAGAUGCGGGGUGUAUGGACUAGCUAUAUGCUAUCAUCGCAUUGUUUGUGUUGUGUGAUGCUUUAGGUAUCUUGUUUAUUCAUGUUAGAGCUAAACUUCCAUAGUGGGAGUUCUAUUUACUCAAGUCAGUGGUUUGCGUGUUUAGCAUCUCAUACCUCACGGAGUAACUCCCCUAUUACUCACCCCUCCUAUUCCUUCCCCUUUCAGGUGAGACUGACGAGCAGGA